AGCGCUGGGGUGAUUCUGUGCGGGUCAGUGAGCUAUUAGCUAGCUAGCUAAACGAAACUAAAAGGACCGACCCACAAAAAAACUUUGUGCCACGUCAAGACAUUCAAAGUGUUAUGACAGUCGCUGAGGUACGACGGCGCAAGGGGAGAUAAGCUGUCCUCGUAGUUUAAAGAUACAUCGCCUUGGCCGCAUGUUGUGGGAACUUCAACCGACAGAUAAAGAAUCAGAAACGAGUAUUAGCUAGCAACAUAGCUGCAAAGCAAGCAAGCUAGCUAGCUGGCUAACUGCGGGGAUCAGCGUCUGGACGAUAUCGGACAUCAGAGCAACUGCCCUCUCCUCCCAUCUCAAUAGGAAAUAAUGGAGAGUAAAUACAAUCUCAAGAGUCCCGCGGUGAAGAGGCUGAUGAAGGAGGCAGCUGAACUCAGAGACCCCACAGAGCAUUACCACGCCCAGCCACUAGAGGACAAUCUCUUUGAGUGGCAUUUCUCUGUGCGAGGACCUCCAGACUCUGAUUUCGAUGGUGGCGUGUACCACGGCAGGAUUGUACUUCCCCCUGAAUAUCCAAUGAAGCCCCCCAGUAUCAUCUUACUCACUCCCAAUGGGAGAUUCGAAGUUGGGAAGAAGAUCUGUCUGAGCAUCUCUGGCCAUCACCCUGAGACCUGGCAGCCGUCCUGGAGCAUAAGAACAGCACUAAUAGCCAUAAUCGGAUUCAUGCCAACCAAAGGAGAGGGCGCGAUAGGAUCCCUUGAUUAUACUCCAGAAGAGAGGAGAGCUCUUGCCAAAAAGUCUCAGGACUUCUGCUGCGAGGCGUGCGGGUGCUCCAUGCGCACCGCCCUGCUGGCCCCCACCUCCAACAGCAACCCCAGCCAGGAGGACCGGGAGGCCAAGGAGCUGGCCCGCCAGAUCAGCUUCAAGGCGGAAUCUAGCACCUCCAGCAGAGCCAGUGUGACCCCAGCAGCAGCGAGCCAGACCCCCACAGACACCCAGGCAGAGGCGUCCACAUCAGCGGGCCAGGAGAGCACAGAAACGGCACUCACUGAACAGGCGGAGGCUCCCACCCCCAGUGUGGAGGAGGCGUCUGUCGCGCCCCCCAGCAGCAGCCGGCCCCUGAGCCCCCGUCAGCGCCGCGCCCAGCAGCAGAGCCAGCAGCCGCGCCGUCCCGCCUUCCCGCCGUUUCCCGCGGGGCCCCAUCCCGCCCCCGACGGCAGCCACACGGGCUCCGCCGUGCUCAUCGUGCUGCUCACCCUCGCCCUGGCCGCCCUCAUCUUCCGCAGAAUCUACCUGGCCAACGAGUACAAGUUCGACUACGAGCUGUGAGGCCCACCCAC